GUUCUUACCCCUUUCCACGCCCUCUUUUUGUGUUUUAAAUUUUUAAUUUGCCUACCUUACCUACCUUACCUUACCUAUGGUACGUGUACAGAGAUACCUUACAUCAUAGAGUGUUAGUUUUGGUCCAAGUGCCCAAAAUUUCCGACUCUUUUUGUUCUUGCCACGAACUCGGCAAACGGCCUUAUCCUAUUUCGUACGACCAAGUUGAGAUUCAUUCGCUUGUUUCGCGAUUUCCUUUCACCUACUACCUUACCUUUCCUGUUGUCCUAUCCCGGCCUGUAAUCAAUCAUUUCCGUUACUAUCCACCAACAAACCAACAAAUCCAUCAUGUACCUCAUCAACCUGAUCAUCGUCCCCUUUGUGGCGGCACUCCCUGCCAUCACCAUCCGGCAAACUGGCAUCCUCAGUGCCUCAUGUACCAACAUCGAGCUCGUCAACGGCUAUCCAGGCAAGGCACUCAACGACAACCUCAAAGGCUCAUGCUCCGGUCCUCAGGGCCAGAAACUCGAGAGCACCCUGGACCUCAACCAGUGCGUCGGUAUCGAUUACAGCAACAACACGCUGAUUUGGACGCCAAUGGGCAAGCUCCGCAACUACUGUGACACGUGCAGCCUCAAGGACGGCAACGUGCUUGCUUGUACAUGUAAUCAACAGGCCAGCACCCUGAAGUUGGAUGACGGAGUAGUGAUUCGAGAUGGCAGCCUAUCAUGCAAGUAGGUGCAAGGGGGGCUAACAGGAAUAACACCAAGAAGAUUUGAAGGGUUGGAACCAUUGCUUCGGGAGUAAGUUCUGCAGUGUUUAUGAACAACGAUGAACAACGUCGUUUGCUACAUUGUGGGAACACUGACACUGGUAGAAGCCAUGGAACUAUUAUGAGAUCAUGAUUGAAGGUUUUACGCAUGGCAACUCGCGGAGAUUAGUUCG